AUGGACGUCCUGACAGUUUUCUGCACAUUCUUCCUCUGCUCUUUUGGAGCUGUUUCCUCCACUCAGUGGCACAGAUAUCUCUCAGGCCUCGAGACUAGUUUCGCAUUCAGAAAUCUCUCGUUUAAUCAUCACAGCAGAUACCCGAUGUACAUGAUGCAGCUGUACCGUUCCUUCCGGACUUUUGAUUCCUCGACGUCAGUAGCUGUCCUUAAAACACAAGGUGACACCCCGUCAGUACGCAGCUCUGAUUCCGUCAUAAGUCUGACAGCCAGAGGUUGCUAUCAAGUUGGUGAAAGAUGGACAGUCACAUUUGACAUGUCGUCCAUCUCUACUUGGGAGUUUAUCCAGUUGGCAGAAUUUCGGAUCAGACUUCCUGCUUUCUCCGCCUCCAGGCGUGCCACUGUGGAUUUAUAUCACUCUGGAAAGCAGAACUGUGACCUGGGCAGCACGUCAUGCCAGGAUGAGCAGCUUUUCCUGGGGAGCUUUGACACAUCAGCCAGCAGCGCAAAGUCCUCCUGGAAGGUUUUUAAUGUGACUGCGCUGCUAAAAUACUGGCUGUACCAGGGAGAUGGAGUGUUGAGCCAAGAGGCCUCAGGAGAACCCGAGGCGGACAAUGGGAGCGGUGCUGGAGAUGACGGGGGGAAGUCCCUCCUCAAGAAUCUGGGAUUGACACAAAGAAAAAUACACCAUCCAACCACAAACCGGGUCAUGAUGGUCAUCUUCUCCAAACACAAUGUGCCCCAGGAAGGCCACACAGCACACAGCCUCAUUCACACGGUGGAGAACUCCAAAUAUGUGAAGAUGGACAGAGUCAGCAGUGACCGUCAAAGUCGACGCCACAAAAGGAACAGGAUGGAGAGGAUGAGGGUGGCUGCAGAAGCUUCACCCACUGCUGCACCAACAACAGAGCCAACCCAGAGGCCGCUGUGUCGGAGAGUAGACAUGUGGGUGGACUUUGACCACAUCGGCUGGGACGAGUGGAUCGUGCACCCUAAACGCUACAAUGCAUUUCGCUGUGAGGGGGAAUGUCCUUCACCGCUGGAUGAGUCCUUCAACCCCACCAACCAUGCAUACAUGCAGAGCCUCUUGCAACAUCACCAUCCAGAGAGAGUGUCAUGCCCGUCCUGUGUGCCAACGCGCCUCAGCCCACUCUCCAUGCUGUACUUCGAGCAGGACGACUUGGCCCUGCGGCAUCACGAGGACAUGAUCGUUGAAGAGUGUGGAUGUCACUGAAUGCCAACAUGUCCCUGGUUUCACUGCAGUCACAAGAGCAACAACUGAUGGAGCAUAAUCUUGAGCUUUAUUUCAGCUGCUUCUUUACUGUUGUGUCAAAAAUAAUGUUCAAAUAUUAAAUUUAAGUUCCUAAUCAUGGCCUCUUACAACA